AUGGGGGCCUCCUCAACCGUUUCGAACAUCUUGUACAGUUAUUUUAAUAUUAAAAGGAGCAAACUGAUUUGGACUGGAUCGCUCGAAGCUCUGAAAGCGUUUGUCCUCACAGAGAUUGACGAAGAAACUGCCGAAACAACUACAUGGCGCUCGCCCAGUGGCGGUAAAUGGCUAUUUGACAGCAAGUUGUUAUCAGUUACUUGGCUAACAAAAAGGCAGAAUAUUUAUUUCGACGGUGAGAAGGGCAGUGACUUGAUGGAACGAAUACAUUCAUUUUUAAAGCAAGACCCGGACAAUGCUUCAGAAAUCGCUAAUCCUGCUGAACUUGAUCUAGAACGGUCGAUUGAAAGUUUGCUAGCUGACAAUUCUGACGAUGUCACAGAUGAUACUUUUGAAGAAUCGUUCAGUGAUCAAUGUGAUAUUGCAAAAGAAUUGAAAAACCAAGAGGAAAAACAAGCCAGUAUAGAUUCCGAAACCAGUACAAAGCAUGAUGAAUCGAACACGAUGUCAAAAAAUUUGCAUGAAGAGUCCAUCGGUCUAUAUAUGGUGACAAAGUCUGGCAAUCUGCAAACAAAAUCAACAAAUAGGCAUAAUCCCUUGGGAAGUAGUGCCAGCUGUAAUCGCGACUCCGCUGAGAUUAGUUGA